AUGUCGAGUAAAACCAAGUCGCGCUGGGCAAAUGAUGAAGAAGACGCCGCGCUAGAUUUACAACGCAAACGCGAAAAGGAAGAAAAGAAACGGCUGAAGGCCGAGAAACAGAGGAAGCUCGAUGAACAAGCUGCUGCUGCCGCGAAGACCCUCGCUCAAGCUCCCCCAGAACCAGAAAUUUCUUCCGAGAGGCCCUCGAAGCGUCGUCGUUUAUCACAUUCUCCCGCGCCUGCCCAGAAGCUCGAUUUACCACCUGCCAAACUAUUGCGCUUUCCGGCGCCCAAUUGGGGGAAAUGUCGCAGUGUGGAAGAUUAUGAGAAAUUGAAUGAUAUAGAGGAGGGAGCGUAUGGCUGGGUAUCACGCGCGAAGGAUAGUCGGACGGGAAAAGUUGUUGCGCUGAAGCGGCUGAAGAUGGAGAAUGCGAAUGAUGGGGUGCCAGUGACGGGCUUGAGGGAAAUUCAAACGUUGAUGGAUUGUGAGCAUGAGAACAUUGUGAAGUUAAGGGAAGUGGUUAUUGGGGAGGAUACAAGUAAGAUUGAGAAUAUAUUCCUCGUUCUCGAUUUCCUCGAACACGAUCUAAAAACUCUCCUCACAUCCCUCUCAGAGCCAUUCCUCCCUUCCGAACUCAAGCUGCUACUCCAUCAACUCACAACCGGGGUCGCCUACCUCCAUAACCAUUACAUCCUCCACCGGGACCUGAAGACGUCCAACCUCCUCCUCUCCAAUCGAGGGGUCCUCAAAAUCGCUGAUUUCGGCAUGGCGCGCUAUUGCGGUGAUCCAGCUCCAAAAAUGACCCAAUUAGUCGUUACUCUCUGGUACCGCAGUCCCGAACUCUUACUCGGCGAAGAACGAUACGGCAAAAGUGUAGAUAUGUGGAGCGUGGGUUGCAUAUUCGGCGAACUACUGAGCAACGACGCCUUGCUCCCGGGAAAGAACGAAGUAGAUCAACUAUCUAAAAUCUUCGAACUCCUCGGCCUCCCUACCGAAUCCACCUGGCCCUCCUUCAAGCGCCUCCCCAACGCACGCUCUCUCCGACUUCCGAAGAACCCCAAUCCCGCCACCCAAGGUUCAGUCCUGCGGUCUAAAUUCCCUUUUCUGACGUCAGCUGGAUCAUCUUUACUCUCGUCGCUUCUCAGCUUAAACCCUGCGAAACGACCGUCUGCGCAAGAUGUUUUGCAACAUGAUUAUUUUAAAGAGGAUCCCAAAAUGAAGAGUAGAGAUAUGUUUCCCACGUUUCCGAGCAAAGCGGGAUUGGAGAAAAAGAGACGGAGAGGAACUCCAGAUGCUCCUCAGAGAGGAGAGGCUCCUAAGGGACUGGGAGGUGUGUUGGAUUUUAGCGGGGUGUUUGGGAGUGCAGGGGGAGAGGAGGUUGAGAAGGGGGGCGGAUUUAGCCUGAAGCUUAUUUGA